AUCCGGGCUUUAGGACGGUGGCAGGCAUGGCGCCACCCGUGAGAUACUGCAUCCCUGGCGAACGUCUGUGUAAUUUGGAGGAGGGCAGCCCGGGCAGCGGCACCUACACCCGGCACGGUUACAUCUUUUCGUCGCUUGCCGGCUGCUUGACGAAGAGCAGCGAGAACGGCUCGCUUCCUGUGGUGUCUGUGAUGAGAGAAACAGAGUCCCAAUUACUGCCAGAUGUGGGAGCUAUUGUAACCUGUAAGGUCUCUAGCAUUAAUUCACGCUUUGCUAAAGUACACAUCCUAUAUGUGGGGUCCACACCACUUAAGAACUCUUUUCGAGGAACUAUCCGCAAAGAAGAUGUCCGAGCAACUGAAAAAGACAAGGUUGAAAUUUAUAAGAGUUUCCGCCCAGGUGACAUUGUCUUGGCCAAAGUGAUCUCCCUAGGUGAUGCACAGUCCAACUACUUGCUGACCACUGCCGAAAACGAGCUAGGAGUGGUGGUAGCCCACAGUGAGUCAGGUGUCCAGAUGGUUCCCAUCAGCUGGUGCGAGAUGCAGUGCCCUAAGACCCACAUUAAAGAGUUCCGGAAAGUGGCCCGAGUACAGCCUGAAUUCUUGCAGACCUAGGAAGCCACAUUUUACCCCAUGGAGGGGAGUAAGCUGUUUGCAAGAGUACAUAUGUGAAAACAACAUCAAGAUGCCACUGUCUUUAUUGAAACCCCUGGGGUCAGCCAGCAACCACCUCUAGAAGAAUCUGCCAGAAACUUACUCAGUAGAUGGAACAUUUUUCUUGCCAUCCUUUCAGUGGACUUCAUUCUCUUGUAUGAUAACAACUUCACUUUUGGAGGCACCA